AUGGAUGAUGGUGAAUUUGGCAUCGGUUUUGGUUCAGUGAUGGCUAUCAUAGGGGUGGCAUUCCUUCUGCUUGUCCUUCCAUUGUUUAUGGGUUCAGUCGCCGCGCCUUCGUUCACCAUGCUUCUUCUCAUCCCUGUCGUCCUUAUCAUUGUCUUCCUCCUCCUUCAAUAUAAUACCUCUGAUUAAUCAUUCCUGUCCGGCCCAUUUCUUUUUUAAUGGCCGACUUCAUUUUACUUUCUUAGAUUUUAAUGUUUUGCUCUUUUAUUGAUGUUGUUCUUUGUUUCUUGUACGUUCAAAUAAUAUUAAAUUAUGUUUUGGUAUGGAUUUUAUCAUGGUUGAUUACUUGUUUUGUCACAAAUAUAUAUUCCCAAGUACUACAGUAUUAUUAGAUCAUCCUUUAUUUAUUUCGCCACCAUUUUCCUUUCGUGCUCUAAUUACAAAUAUUAAGAGUUUCCCUCGUGAUGAGAGGCUCCUAAUGAUUGAU